AUGCUUUCAAUAGAAAAAGAAAAUUCAAGAGUUGCUACAACUAAACCAUUAGAUGAACUUUUUACGAAUGUCGGUCAAAAGUUUGAGACAGAGACCGUAAAGCAUGAAGGCUAUCGUUUUGACUACCCGUUAAGAUGGUUAAGAGACCCAUCUGUCACAAAAGCUAUUGGCUUUCGUAGAAUGAAGUUUGUGUCUGUAGAAGAUAAAAGUUUUCCAUUUAUUGUAA